UUAUGUUUAUAUUUACCUCUUCACGUGCAGUUUCGUGUCUCCACUAAUUUUAUAAUUAAAUCUCUGUCCUUCACAAUUGCGUCGCAGAAAUCACGUAAUAAAAGCACAUCAGCUAUUUAUUACAUCUCUGAGUUGUAUCGUCGUUCAGAGAAUAGCUGGCUUGACGAACAAAGUUUUACCCUUGAGUGUCUCCGAUCUUCAUGUGAUGCCUGUUUGGAUGUGAUACAUAAUGAGUUCAGGCAGAGAAGUCAUAACCCUUCAGUUUGGUCACCAGUCCAACUUUGUUGGAGCUCACUGGUGGAAUAUUCAGGAGUCUGGAUUUAAUUAUGAUCCCACAAGUCCACCUUCUGAAAUUAAUCAUGAUGUUCUCUACAGGGAGGGCAUCAACCACCGGAAUGAGGUCACUUUUACUCCUAGAGCUAUUGUUGUUGACUUGCAUGGUAGUUUAAAUCAUUUAAAAACAUCCGGGGAGUUGUACGAUGAUCCAGGAGUUCCUUCACCUGAGACCAUACCAUGGCAAGAAGACAAGAUUGAAGUUGUUACAACAGAUCAGCCAGUAAAAAAUGAAUUUUUACAACACCUUGAGAAAGAGGACGGCGAAGGCGUUCCAGAGAAUGGAAAAAUGAUUUUUGAAUUAGACAAUGAUAUUAAUGUAUGGUCAGAUUACUUGAAAACCAGAUUCCACCCAAGAACUUUAUCAAUAGUGAAUGAGUAUAAGCACAAUGAUAACAAUCGACCAUUUGAGUCCUACAUUCAAGGUUCAGAAGUAUGGAAUUCGCCAAAUUUUGGAGAAGAUUGGUGUGAUAAGUGUCGACUUUUUGUUGAAGAGUCGGAUAAUUUGCAAGGCUUCCAAAUUUUGAUGGAUAGUACAAACGGAUUCUCUGGUUUGGCAGGCGAGGCUUUGCAGUACUUAAAUGAUGAAUAUAAUUCCAAGUCUGUUCUGACGUUCCCUGUACUGAUGUCCACCAGCUCCAGUCACUCGACCGACGAAGAGUCUAUGAGAAUAGUAAAUCUAGUCAUGGCAUUUGCCAAAUCCAGUGAAUUUUCUUCAUUGGUUGUGCCUAUAUCUUGCAAUAACACAACGUGGCGACAGUACGGCCCAGGAAGAAAUUUUCAGCACCUUAAUUACGAUGUAAACUUUUCUUAUCACACAAGUGCGAUUUUAGCAUCUUACCUCGAAACUAUAUCCCUAUACUACAGACGUCGAAGUGAUGCUUAUCGAAUGUUGAAUCUUUGCUCUUCUGUCACUCCUACCGGUCGGAAAAUGGCAAACGCUGUCCUUUUUCUUCCAUUUGCACUCGGAGAGAAUGGAAAUCUACUCAGAACUCUAGAGCUGUGGGAAGGACCACUGUGGUCAAGUUUGACGCCUCAUUGUGAGGUGGAUGAAAGUGUCGCCCUUCAAUCUAUAUCAGUUAGGGGCAUCCAAAAGCACCAGCUUGUCCCAACCAUUUUAAGACCGCAGGACCAAUGUAACCCUCUUUUCAACCAUACUACAUCUGCUGGAAUGCUGGAUGCCUAUCUGACUUUCUCGUGUGAUGGGGUUUCGUCGCAAGUGAUUUCGAUUGAGGAAGAUAUAUCCACGACAGCACCAUACCCCAAUAUUUUCUCAGAACACAUACAGCGUGAUGGUUCUUUCUCCUCAAAUCCUAGACCUUCAUUUAUGGCUGUAGAAAAAUCUUCGUCCAUAGCAGGGUUACAGAGCGCCAAAUCAACUGGUGACAUGUUAUCCUCGUUACAUUCUGAAGCCAGUCGACUGAAUUUACGUCGGAUCCUUAAAUCAGCUACAUCAGAUUUGGAAGUGGAAGAUUAUUCAGAAGCAAAGGAGACUCUUUUAUGUUUGUCAGAAUGUUAUUCCGAUAACAUGUUCAUUUGAUAGAGCAUAAAUUGAUUUUAAGUCACCCGUCUUACAUGAACUUUUCUCAGGCAAAGGGGCUUCCAAAACUAGUAAGAGUUAAACUUUGAAAAAUGAAUUUUGUGAAAUAAUAAAGGUAACGAAGUAUUGUUAAGAUUUUCUCAGGGAAAAAAAGUUCCUCCGAAAAAAAAAGAAUCUUGAACAAAAAAUGUUCCAUAACUGGCAAUCAUUAAAAAAGGCUUCGUCCUUGCCGGUUGAACCACUUUUUCCUGAAACUUUUCAUGAAAAAAUGCUUUUGAGUGAAAAUCACUGAAUACAUAAAAAUAGUCUGCUAAAGGAAAAUUUUAUAGGUUAAAAAAUUCACUGGCGUCUUAAAUGCUCUCAAUGCUGCAGCUUUGAAUGGAUGCUGUUUGUUAGCUGCUACAAUAUUUUAUGCAAUCUUACUUGAAUUUUUGUCUCGUAAUUUAUCUGAGCCCUUUCAGUGACCGUGUACGUUAUAGUGUAAGGAGGCCAUUUGCAUGGAGUCUUAAGAGAAGUCGAAAAAUUAACCGUGGGUCUUUAAUACCAACAUUAAAAAUAGUUUUGAAAAUAUUUUUAUUUUUUCAUUUAAUUUCAUGACCAUAACAAUUGAUAUUAGGCAGCCUUCUCCAGAUUUUUUCCACAGGACAUAUGUAAAUUUGUUUUCUUUUAACAAACAUAUAAGCACCCCAGAGUCAAAAGGUACCUAGCCCCAUUUUAGUCAUUCCGAGAUACCAGGGAAAAAUGUUGUCGUUGUCUUCAUUGAUUCCUAUAAAAAUAGCAAUUUCUGAAAUUCCGUAUCCCAUACUCGGCGUGAGAUAGAGCUACCCAAUUUUCCACACAAGGAACUGUAAUUGGAGAUCACCAAAAUGACACAAAAUAGAUUCUUCAAAAAUGUAAGUUAAGUACCUUUUGGCUUUGGGGCACUGAAAUGCACUUUUAGGUGAUGUACUGUACAACCAUAAUGGGGUAAUGUAUCCAUCUCAAAUAAAUUACAGAUUAAAAAUUGCAAAUAAAUUUCCAUGCUACCUAA